GCGCGGCCUGCCCGAGAGCUCGGGCGCAGCAGGCGUAGGCGCAGCGGGCAGCAGGGGUCCAGCGGCAGGCGAUGGGGACCCCGGGUCCCAGGCAGCGCCGGGUAAGAAGGCUGGGGCGAGGGUCUCCAGUGGGGAAGAAGGGCACAGAAAGAUGGGGCCCGUGGCUACCUCAGUCUGUCCUGUUUUCCCUCUCAAUGCCAUCCGUCUGUCCCUGCCAGUCUUACCAUCUGUCCAUCCUUCCUAACCACCUGACCCAGCAGAGUUCUGCCUUCUCAGCCCUCACCACCAGGGCAUCAAGGGUGGGUGGUCUUGGGUCGGCCUUGAGGCUUCGGGGCAGGGAUGCGGGGCUGGCGGGAGUGGAACUAUCGGGACCCUGGAUGAGGCAGCUGUGGUCAGGGGUAGGGCCCGGUGAGAGACUGCAAUGGAGCUCAGAGAUGGGAGUGUGUGGGACAAGGAUAGGGACAGGACUGUGGGGGCAGAGAUGUGGCCAUGGGCUAAAACAAGUGUGGUAGGGAGACGUGCCCAAGGUGGCAGAGGUGGGGCUGUGAACAUGAAGGAGGGGGCUGAAGGUGACACGGCAAUGGGCAGAGAUGGGGCAGUGGGGUCAGGUGGGAACCUGGGAUCAGAAAUGGGUCAGGGGGUAGCAGAUGGGGCCAGGGGCCAGAAAUUUGCUGCGGUGUAAACAUGGGAGGUGGGUGUCAGAGGUGGGUCCGAGAGGCCCAGAGGUGCGACAGAGACAGGGAGGGCUGGAGCUGGGGAGCCUGGUGGACAGAGAACGGGGCAGUGAGGGCAGACUGAGGCGGGGAGCAAGAGAUGGGGAGGCGAGAGGCAGAGGAGGAGGAGCGAUCAGGAACGGGCAGCCAGGGUCAUUUGGCAUUGCCAUGGGCAGAGGGUCGACCGAAGAACGCCAUGGGGUCAACCCGGUCCUGAUGAGCCAAGAAGGGGCCACGGCUGGUCCCAGCCCGACGCACGGCAGGCGCUGUGCCCUGGGCAGCCUCACCUCGCCCUCCUCUCCUCUCCCCAGCCCUGCGCCUGACAUGAGCCCUUGCGGGCCCCUCAACCUGAGCCUGGCGGGAGAGGCGACCACGUGUGCGGGGCCCGGGGCCCCCAACGCCUCGGCCGGGCCGCCGUCGGGCCUGGCGGGCGCGUCGCCGGCGCUGCCCAUCUUCUCCAUGACGCUGGGCGCCGUGUCCAACGUGCUGGCGCUGGCGCUGCUGGCGCAGGCCUCGGGCCGCCUGCGGCGCCGCCGCUCGGCCGCCACCUUCCUGCUGUUCGUCGCCAGCCUGCUGGCCACCGACCUGGCGGGCCACGUGAUCCCGGGCGCGCUGGUGCUGCGCCUGUACACGGCGGGGCGCUCGCCGGCCGGCGGCGCCUGCCACUUCCUGGGCGGCUGCAUGGUCUUCUUCGGCCUGUGCCCGCUGCUGCUGGGCUGCGGCAUGGCCGUGGAGCGCUGCGUGGGCGUCACGCGGCCGCUGCUGCACGCGGCGCGCGUCUCGGCGGCCCGCGCGCGCCUGGCGGUGGCCGGGCUGGCCGGCGUGGCCUUGGCCGUGGCGCUGCUGCCGCUGGCGCGCUUGGGCCGCUACGAGCUGCAGUACCCGGGCACGUGGUGCUUCAUCGGCCUGGGCCCGGCAGGGGGCUGGCGCCAGGCGCUGCUCGCCGGCCUCUUCGCCGGCCUCGGCUUGGCCGCGCUGCUCGCCGCGCUCGUGUGCAACACGCUCAGCGGCCUGGCCCUCCUGCGCGCUCGCUGGCGCCGCCGCUCUCGACGGCGCCCCUCGGCCUCCAGCCCCGACAGCCGCCGUCACUGGGGGGCGCGUGGACCCCGCUCGGCCUCCGCCUCGUCCACCUCGUCCGUCGCUUCGGCCUCCGGCGGCUCCCUGGGCCGCGGCUCAGCGCGCAGAGCCCGCGCCCACGACGUGGAAAUGGUGGGCCAGCUCGUGGGCAUCAUGGUGGUGUCGUGCAUCUGCUGGAGCCCGCUGCUGGUGCUGGUGGUGCUGGCUGUCGGGGGCUGGGGCCCUGGCUCCCUGCAGCGGCCGCUGUUUUUGGCCGUGCGCCUCGCCUCAUGGAACCAGAUCCUGGACCCCUGGGUGUACAUCCUGCUGCGCCAGGCCGUGCUGCGCCAGCUGCUCCGCCUCCUGCCCCUGAGGGCUGGCACCAAGGGCGGCCCCGCGGGGCUUGGCCCAACCAGGAGCGCCUGGGACGCCAGCUCGCUGCGCAGCUCCCGACACAGCAGUCUCAGCCACUUCUAGGCGCCCGGGGCCCCAGCGGCUAAGCCCACCACCCCGGGCCGGCCCGGGUCCGCAGCGCGGAGCCUUCAGGGAAUAAGGCCGUUUUGUGGACACGCCCAGGGCGGUGUGCGCCGUCGGGGCUGCAGCACCCUGGCGGCCGCGCGGCGCCUCUGCGGAGCGCAGUUCCGGGACUCGCCACGCGGGGGCGCACACGCCGGAGCCCAGC